AAUUCACAUUUCCAUAUCUCAACAAAUUUUCUCUUUUUUUUUUUCCCCUUUAAAUAUCCUUCAAAUUUGGUUCAAGGGUUAGUUCUCUAAAAUGGGAAGAUUCAACUGGCUAAGGCUAUGUCGACGACAUUGGGUUUCAAUCAUGCCUGUGGAAUCGGCGAUUGAUGGAGGCAAUGGGGUUAGGAAAUUUUCUACAUUAUUCCAAUCGUUGAAUCGUGAAAGAGCUUUGCACAGUUCCAGUUUUGGUAUUGGGAAACCUUUUGAUUUCACAGCCACUGGAAUGCCACCGAGAGAGCGUUAUUUCCAUGCAACAGGGUCAGGCUGCUCUGCUAAACAAGAUUACUAUGAAAUUCUUGGAUUGCCAGAAAAUGCUACUCGAGAGGAGAUUAAAAGGGCGUAUCAUGCACUUGCCAAGAAGUACCAUCCUGAUGCAAAUAAGAAUAAUCCUUCUGCAAAGAGGAAGUUUCAAGAGAUAAGAGAUGCCUAUGAGACUUUGCUAGAUUCGGAAAAGAGGAGAGAAUAUGACAGGAAGAUGCAUGCUAGAAGUUCAGAAAACAUGGAAUAUGGUGCAAAUGAUGCUGAAGGGUUUAGAUUCUACGAUACAAGUGGUGCACAAGGGUUUAGAUAUACUUAUCAAACAGGCUUCUCUGAUUCAUUCUCUAAGAUAUUUUCUGAGAUAUUCCAAGACGAGAUGGAUCAAUUUGCACCAGAUAUCCAGACAGAGCUGUUACUCUCUUUUUCUGAAGCUGCUAAAGGAUGCACAAAGGAUCUAUGUUUUGAUGCAUUUGUUCCUUGCGAUUCUUGUGACGGGCGUGGCUAUCCACCUAAUGCCAAAGUGAAAGUUUGUCCAACUUGCAGAGGCACAGGGACGGUUACAAUUCCUCCUUUUACAUCAACAUGCAACACUUGUAAAGGAUCAGGACGAAUAAUCAAGGAAUACUGUAUGUCAUGCCAAGGAUCAGGGGUUGUUGAAGGUGUCAAGGAAGUUAAAGUUACAUUACCUGCAGGUGUGGAUUCUGGAGAUACAAUACAUGUACCAGAAGCUGGUAAUAUUAGGCGACAAGGAAGUCAACCUGGUAACUUGUUUAUUAGAAUAAAGGUGGCAGAUGAUCCUGUCUUUGCAAGAGAUGGUGCAGAUGUUUAUGUCAACUCUAAUAUUAGCUUUACUCAAGCAAUUCUUGGUGGUAAAGUUGAGGUGCCUACACUGUCAGGGAUGAUUCAAGUGAAAAUACCAGAAGGAUGUCAACAUGGACAACUUCUUGUUCUAAGAGGCAAAGGACUGCCAAAGCAUGGUUUUCUAGUAUAUCAUGGAGAUCAAUAUGUCUGUUUCCGUGUUAAUUUGCCCACUGCGAUAAAUGACCGGCAACGUGCUAUUUUAGAAGAACUUGCAAAGGAGGAAUUUGAUAAUGAAAAUGACAGCACUAUUGAAGGCAGUUGGCAUAAUACAAUUAUUUGCAUGAUCUCAGCUGUUUGGCAUCAACAUGUACCAAAGGUGAUAGCUGAUCUUAUCAUUGAGAAUGUCAUCAUGUUCCUGAUUUACAUUUCUUCAGAAAAUGGUUUAGCUUAUCUUCUGAGUAGAUUUUAGAUUAGCUUUGGUUCAGACUUCUGAGCAUUUGGUUUGAAUUAAAUACAUUUGCAAUUUCUCUAGCAUGCAUUAGUUACCUGAAUUUUCACUGGGUAAUGUUGGGUCCUUCAGUAACUAUUCUUAUUGUAAUGAAGACCCUGAAAUGGACAACAGGCUUUAUCAGCAGCUAUCUACUGGUUGAACUUACAGGUGGGAGACAAUUCUUGAGCAUGUGAUGGGUCCCAAGUUUUUGAUUGAGUUUUCUCUACUCUUGCUAAUCCUGCUCGUCCUGAAUAAGACGAUAGGCUAAACUGACACAAGGCAACGAAGAUACGCAUACCAAUGGAGGAUAUAGGAAAUGGGUUCCCCCUUUUUCGGGAGGGCUCGUUCUAUUUUUAGACGGUUCAAUUCUCUUAACAGUAGUUUCAUGAUUCAUCUGGUUACUAAUUAUAGGGGAAUCAAAAGAAUGCGUCCUUUUUUCUCACUUUUUGGUCUUGUUAUAGUGCUCUUGUUUGCACAAAGUAUUUGUUGUAUAGCACUUGCUUUUCAACCAUACAAUAAAUGGCAGGCCCAAAAAUAUAUAUAUAUACAAUAAAUGAAAGGGUACAUUCAUUUUACUUGUUGUAUAACUUGUAUCCUUGUUCUUUUUGCUUCAUUUCUUCAAGAUGUAUAGCAAUGCGGCGCAUGCAUUGUUUAAUUAUAAGACUUUGAGGAACUACCAAGUCUAUUUUCAUAUUAUUACACAGUUUUUUUUCUUAUUAUUAUUUCAUUAUUAGUUUAAUAGCUUCUCAACAACCGAUUUCACAUCUAUUUUGAAUGUUCAUUUUUUCUUUGGUAUAAAGAGGUUGUAGCCCGAGAAUAGAGGAAGAGCAGAAGAGGAUGCAAUUGUAAGAUUUGAAUUUUAAAUUUACUUAAUGUCGUUUUUUAAUGUUAUUGUAGGAAUUGAUCGAG